AUGAUCACCAUAUUACCCAUGGCGGACCCUCUCACUGUCUUACCCCCAGAGAUUGUCCUGCAAAUCUUGCACUUCACCCCCGUCUCCGCACUGGCGUCCCUGACUGCGGCCUCCAAGGCUUGGCACCAAUUUAUCGACGUCACUCACCAAGAUGCCAUUUACACAUCCGAAGCCAAAACUGCCCAGCCAGUUGGAGGCAGCCGCGAUUUCUCUUUCCUCUCCGAUACCCACAGCUUUGGAAAAGUAUUCGAGGGCACAGAAUCAUGGAAAGACCUAUGCAAACGCCAGACACUGCUGGCCCGAAAUUGGGCCGAGCCGCAUCCAGUCAGCCAAGAGUCUGUGCUACAAAUCGGCAAUGAUCCUGUUUGGCGAUUCCGUGCCGACUUCAAGCGCCGCUUUUUUGUCUCUACUUCCCAUGCUGGUGGGCUGAAUGUCACCGAUAUGGACACGGGUCGUAUCCUCUGGCAGCUUCCUGUGCUGAAGGAUGAUGAAGAUGGAGUUCGCCCACAUGCACACUUGGAAUAUCAGGAUGGAAUGGCUGUGUUUGACAGUGAAGGAGAUUCGCUCGAGGUUUGGCAGGCAGAUCUCGAAGGUGCAAGGCGUGGAGAGUUCCGGCGCAUUGCCACCUUGGCGCAUAAUUGCCAGACAAGAGGUUUCCAAUUAUCCUACUCGACUCUUUGUGUUGUUUCCAACGAGGGUCAGGGUUUUGUAUACGAUAUGACACAGCGGCCCCCUACGUUGACCACACAUUUGAAGAUUGAAGGAGGUGGGAUUGGCCAUCUGGACCAAAGCGAGGACAUUGUCAUAUACUCUAUGGGAGCAAAAGGCUAUUUUGCCUACAACAAGGAGUCUGGUGCGUUCUUGGGCACUUUGAAACCGCCAAAGUCCACAGAAAAAUAUCACAUCCUUCCUCCGCAAGCCGCCUCUGCUUCUACGAGUGCAGCACUAGCAGGCGCUGCACGACUUGGCCCAACACCUCAACCACUCCCGCCCGGGGCUUUCCGAAACGAUUGUUUGGUACCAAUUGAGAUCGCGAAAGGUCCACUGUCACCACCGGAUGACCCAGGUCACGUCUGGCAUGGGGAGGAUGAAUGGGGAGCGGGAAUGUUGCACGGCGAUCUCUUCGUGGGCUUCUCUCGCGCUGGUCGUGUGUUUAUAUGCCCCGACUUCCGCAAGGCUCUCCGCGAUGAAGCUAGCCUUGCAGCAAACAGCUCCAUCCUGGAAUGCGAAUCAGACGGGUCAAGCUUUGACCUUGGUGGCUGGCUAUCAAUCCGCAACCACCGUGUGAUGUUCGAAAUUCAAGAUCGGAUCUAUGUUGUCGCCCUUGAUGACAACAACAAGGUUCAAAAUGUGGAAAACCCUGCUCGUGCAUCGUACUCGUUGCUCACGAGCUCUGCGCCGCAGCUUGCUGUGCCAAUCAGUUACAUGGCGCUGGCCGAUGAUGCUAUUAUGACCACCUACACCACCCUUGGCUGGCGUGACUCGAAUAUUCCAGGUGGCGUACCUCCACAAGGCAGAAAUCUUCCUCGCGUCUUUCCUACAAAAGUCAUCCGCAUACUCAGCCUGGCUCCUGACCUCACAAAUAAACCACCCUCUGCCUCCAGUGAUACGGAUGAGCCUUCAGCGGCGGGUAUCGGGGGUCUUGGUGGCUCCGGCCCAAAUUUGCCAUCUGAAGACGCCUGGCGCACACAGGCCGGAUUGCUACAGCUGCUUAGCAUGCUUGGCGAUGAGGUGGAUUUCGAACAGAGCGACGGCGAAGAUGAAUGGGAGAGUAUCGACGAGGACGAGGAGGAGUAG